CAGCAGUUGCUGCUCAGCUCUGGCUCCGCGCAGUCCGGCAACUUCGUGCCUUUUCGCAUGUGCCUCAAGAGUGCCUUAGAACAAUAUUGAGUGACUUUUUGCUAGAAUUUACCGCUUAAGGACAUUGCGAGGAUUGUGUUGGCAGAGACUCUGGGAGAGAUCAGGAGGGAAAAGUGUAGAAAUCUUGAGAUUUUGGUGAAGACCGCUGGAAAGAAUCCCUGCUAAAGGAUACUGUGUGCUCGUGCGAAGACAUCCGCCGCAUCAUCAUAGCUCUCGGGACGCUGCAGCUGGAGUCGCUGGGGAGCAAUUGGCGGCGCAAUUUGGGUGAGUGGACACGGUGGGCGCAGCGCUGAGUGCUGGGCAAACGUCCUCAACAUCGCACGACGCAUCGGGACGGAGACGCCCAACAUGGGCAUAUCGGAGGAGUCAUCAAUGGAGGAUAUUCCGCACGAGGCGAAACCACCACAGGGCAGUCCCUCGGAGCGAUCAUGCGCCGGCAUCUCGGGCGGGGGCACGGGCAGCCCCCUGUCGGAGCAGAACAGCGAGGGUGACAUGGACGAUUGUGUGCCGCGGCGGAAACAGAGGCGCUACAGGACGACCUUCACGAGUUUUCAGCUGGAGGAGCUGGAGAAGGCCUUCUCACGCACGCACUAUCCCGACGUGUUCACGAGAGAGGAGCUGGCAAUGAAGAUUGGACUGACGGAGGCACGAAUUCAGGUCUGGUUCCAGAAUCGUCGCGCCAAGUGGCGAAAGCAGGAGAAAGUCGGACCUCAGGGACAUCCCUACAAUCCAUACUUGAGCGGUGGCACGUCCAUUCCGUCUGCAACCUCAGUGGCUCCAUCGCUACCUCCGAAUCCCUUCACGCACUUGGGUUUCAACCUCAGGAAGCCCUUCGACGCCGCCAGUCUGGCUGCCUUUCGCUAUCCUCACCUCACGGGCGGUCCAGUGAUUCCUCCAGGCUACCUCCAUCAGUUCCACAGAGCUCCUCCGCCGCCCAUCUUGCCGCCCGGAGUUGGUGCUCUCUACACUCCAGGCACAUCUUUCCAGACCCUCCUGGCGAACAUAUCAGCCGCCCAGCGUCACCAGCCACCCCCGCUGCCGCCACCGCCGGUGCCUGUUCCUGGAAAGUCACCAGACUUACUCAUAAGCUCAGCGUCGUCCGUUUCGCCGCCGCUCUCGCCCCCAACGUCCGGCCUCACGGCGUCCACGGGAGGCUCAGGUGUGUCUGAAGAUCGCAGGUCGUCGUCCAUUGCGACACUGCGCCUGAAGGCGAGGGAGCAUGAGCUGAGACUCGAGAUGCUGCGACAGAAUGGUCACAGUGAUAUCAUAAGUUAAUACGCGAAGGAUUAAGGACAGAGUUGGAAAUACCAUUGAUGGGAGAUAAGAUUUCUUUAUGUCACUCCAUGUUUUUUUUUCGAAAUAAGUUUGGCCUUUCACGUUAGGGUCUGAAAGAAUUUACUAGAUUAAUUUUGCACCUCUUUGGCGUGGCUAGAGAGCCAAUUAAAAUUUCUAAUAGCUUCUCAAUUGUAUUCGAAACGGCACACAUGCAAGUUGCACCCAUUGCCACGGGCAGAAGUCAUUAUCGUUUAUCUGUAAGAGCAUUUUUCAGCAUUUCCUCCAACUCUGUUCCCCUGCGAGGCGAGGUGUAUUUGAUAGGGAAUCCAAUUGAUUCACGAUCUUGAGUGCCUCCUCACCUUCUUUCAUCACCUUGCCAAGUGUGAGACGAGGGGAGCCAGAGCCCGCAUCUUGUGCAUUCCCAAUUGACCAGGCAGAAGAGUGAAAAAUGUGCGUGUAGCCCCUCAGUGAUUUUUCCACCAGCAAAGACGAUAGUGUAAAUGGAAAAAAAUACAACCAUUUUUAUACAUCCUGGUCACGCGAAACAUUAUUAGCAUUUGCCAAUUACUCAAAAUUGCAGAUUUCUCUCGCGAUUCUCCCUUUCGAUUCUAUUCUGCUGCGCGCGUGUGUUUUUAUCUCUCUCUCUCACUUUAUUCCUGAAAAAUCAUUCAUCGGAAUCGAAUGGUUGAUUCAAUUAGUUUAGGUGAAAUGGGAAUUUUUUUUUUCGCCAUGUGCGUAUUGUUGGGGUGGCGAUUACGCGAAUCAAUUGUGUAAUUGAAUCAAAUUGAAAAAUCACCUAUCAAUAGAUAGUUUCCAACACACACAGAUUAUUAUCAAUUUAUGAUGAUUGUGAGUAUGAGAAAACAAUCGAGAGAACAGCAAUAAAGUUUAUGUCUUGGCGCGAUUGGAGAGCAAUUACAUGAAAAAAAAAUAGAUUGGAGAUUUUUCUCUUCCAAUUGCAACAGUUGUUGCGAAAUAAUUAAUAAAUUGCUCAUUUCAUUCCAUCGUAAAAAUUCAAUUCCGAUCAAUCUCUGGAUUUGAUGGUGGCGAUAAACAAAUGUAAUAAUCCUCUGUAGUCAUGAUAUUUCCCCCUUUGAGCAAAGCUCCGAUUUCAGUGAGAGUGGUGGAAAAUUGUACGCUGUGUGAGGGAAAAUUCCGUCCAAAUGAUAAAUUGAUUUAUUGAAAAUGUUGUGUAAUAUUUUUGCAUUUUCAAGCUAUUCAAACUUUUGCAUCUUUUCUUAGAAUACUUUGUGUUAUUUAGGCAUGAAAAAGUGGAAGGAAGAAAGCCCACAAAUACAGUGGAUUUGAAUAAAAUGCAUUCAGCUUAGGUCUUAUUAGCUAGUUAAUUUACUUUUGUAUACAAUUUGUGAUAAAUAAAUGUGUACACAGAAAAUA